AUGCUUAUUUUUAUUUUUUCUGUGAUUUUUUUUCAAUUUUUCAGAUUCAUUGAUUUAUUAACCAUUCCCCAUAAUUCCAAUUUUUACAUCAAAUUAAUUGUGUCUUGCUUAAAUUAUUCAUAUGAUGAUGGCCUUACAAGAAUUAUUCUCCAGCAAGCACUAACUAAUACAAAUGAAGAGUCCCGAAAAUGGGUAACAAAUUUUCUUGGAGUGCUUGCUGCUCAGGAUUUACCAGGUUUUUCGAAUUGGGGAAUGCCUUUAUUAUUUGGACAACUUGCUGAUCCUUCACAUGAAAUAAUACAGCUUACUUGUCAACUUCUUCAUCGUUGGAUACCUUUUUAUCGAGAUUCUCGUUCGAUGAUCGUUAAUUAUAUUCGUUUGGAUAUUUUCGGUGAUUUAGGAAUUUUUUUAAAAACUCAUUUAUUUAGCGAUGAAAAUUAUGUAUUAAAUAAUCCAAAAGAGUCAAAACAAGAAAUCGAAUUAUGGAGAGAUGUGUUUAAUAUGGUUUAUGUAAAAACAAUUGAUGAAAUCGUAAGAGUAUCGCUGUUGAAUAUUGAGCGAUCACCAAUCGAUGGGAAAUUGGAAAAUAUUUCUAAAGAUAGAGUGGACGUUCACGCAUGCAGGCUUCCCAUUCAUUUAUAUGGGCAAAUGGCUAGUCAUAUGAAAGGUUUUGAAUUACUACUGGAAUUAGAUGAAAUCAAUCGUCUGUUAGAUGUUUUGCGCCAAACUGAUAUUUGUGGUGAUCCCAACUCAAUAGUUCUUGUAAAGGCAGCUAUUUUUGCCUUAGCUCAUGUCGUAUUUGCGUCACCUGCAGAGGCCCACACAAUGUUACCUGUUGAAUUGGUUCCAAUAAUAUGUAGGUUUAGUGAGUUUUGCUCUGUGCUAUCUGUGCGUGGAAUCGCUUUCUGGGCACUGAAUCUUAUUGGUGGUUGUAAAUUUGGUGCUAAUUUGCUUAUACAAUUGGGCUGGGAAAGUAAUCGUUUUAUGGAAGGUAACGAUUAUUUAAAAGACUCCUAUUUGUCAAAAUCGGUUGAAAAUAAUAAAUUAUGGAUUCGAUGCAUAGAUAAUAAUAUUCGUAAUUCUGCAGAUAAAGAGGAGUGUUCUGAGAAUGAAUCAAGUAUUCCAUUGCUCACAAUGGCAGAAACUCAAUUUUUUAAUCCAUUCUCAUUUGAUUCGAUUGUUUCAAGCGGAUUGGCUCCAGAAUGCGAAAUUCAUUUUUCAUCGAAUUUACGGCGUUAUUAUAAGUUAUUUCCAUUUACUUUUGAUAAAUUUGAAUGCGUUGAUCGACCAUUGGGCGAAAUGAUAAUUUAUCCAUUUAUGUCACGAAAUGUGAUGCGAUCGCCAUAUUAUAAAUUCGGUAGCGAGGAACACUGCGCGGUUUCAAAAGUUAUUGUACCAAGCAGUAUGGCAUAUUUUCCAUUCGUUUCUUUUCCUUGUCGACCUGAUUUGCUUUGUUUGGGAAUUUUUAAAACUGAUGUGGCAGAAGUUGAUUAUUUACCUGAUUUUUUCUUUAUAAAAAGAGAAGAUUCGCAUUGUGCAGUAGAAACAUGCAUUAGUUGUAAUUGGCCUCAAGUAGAUCGAAGUUUUUCAUGUGACAGCAAUGAGGAAUUCACUGGUGCUGAUGCUGUUAUAUCGUUAUAUGAAACGAAUCGAUUUUUAUUCGAAUCAACCUGCCUUUAUUCAUAUGCUAUGGCAUUACUUUCGAAAUAUCAUUAUCGUUUAAAUGAACGUCUUUUGAUUCAACAAGUUUUUUCUAAAGCUUUAUAUAAAUUUGGCAAUUUCAUCGAAAAUACAUAG